AUGAAGCUCCUCGCCCUCGUCUCCGUCGCGGCCGCUCUUGGCAACUACGCCGUCUCGGCCAACCCCGUCCCCAAGAGCAAUAAUGGCAACAACGGCCAGGGCAACAACGGCCAGGGCAACAACGGCCACGGCAACAAUGGCCACAGCGGCUCUACCACUCCUGUCAACGAGCUGUACCAGUACUCUGUCAUUGCCGCCUUGGUGGACGGCGUUGCCUCGCAUGGCACGCUCGUGAAAAACGUCAUGGCCCACGGCGACCUUGGCCUGGGCACGUUUGACAGUCUCAUCGGCGAAAUGGUCGUGGUCGACGGCGUGGUGUAUCACGCCUUUGCCAACAAGACGGUCACCGUCGUCGACCCCGAGACGAUCGAGACUCCCUUCGCCGCCGUCACCACGUUCGAGUCGCAGAUUGAGACCAGCGCCGCCAUUACCAACUUUACCGGCUUUACCGCCUCGCUUCCGACGUGGUUUGGCAACACGAGCAUCACCAACCACUUCGCCGCAUACCGCCUCGAGGGCACGUUCAACCUCCGUAUCCGCGCGCCUGGCGGCCAGUGCUUCGCCCUCGAGUCGCUCGCAAACGUGACCGCGCGCCAGACCGAGUGGGAGUACACCAACAUUGAGGGCACCAUGGUCGGUUUCCGCACGCCCAAGUAUGCCGCCGAGGUCAACGCGGCCGGCGACCACCUGCACUUUAUCAACGCCAACCGCACCAUUGCUGGCCACGUCCUUGAGGUCGCGUCAGUGGGCAACGUCGACAUCAAGCUCGCCAAGAUUACCAACCUCCACGUCGAGGUCCCCUCCGAGGGCGAGUUUAACCUCGCUGCCUUUGUAUAG